CCGGUGACAAGUGGGACUCUGAAGCGGGGACUUAGGGUGGCAGGACCAGUGGGCCGAAGAGGAAGUCUCAGGAGGCAGAAGAGAAGACCCGCGUGUGCUUGGAGGGGAAAGUGUGAAGACCGAACGCAGGUCACCGUUACUGUAGCUUGCUGCCUGCUUGAAGAAUGAAGUUGAAAGCGAGAGGGGGUCGGCUGGAUAACUGUCGCUCCAGGAGAGACCUGGUGGACAUGCAGGGCAGUGAGGGUCCUAGGACUGGAGCUAAACAAAGAUAGAGAUGUUGAAAGAAUCCACGGCAGUGGAGUUAACACUCUUGACAUUGAGCCUGUUGAAGGAAGAUACAUGUUGUCAGGUGGUUCAGAUGGUGUGAUUGUACUCUAUGACCUUGAGAACACGAGCAGACAACCCUAUUACACAUGUAAAGCAGUGUGUUCCGUUGGCAGAAGCCAUCCUGAUGCUCACAAAUACAGUGUGGAGACUGUUCAGUGGUAUCCUCAUGACACAGGCAUGUUCACAUCCAGCUCAUUUGAUAAAACUCUAAAAGUAUGGGACACAAAUACAUUGCAGGCUGUAGAUGUCUUUCAUUUUGAGGAGACGGUUUACAGUCAUCACAUGUCACCAGCAGCCACCAAGCACUGUCUGAUAGCAGUUGGUACUAGAGGACCCAAAGUACAACUUUGUGACCUAAAGUCUGGAUCCUGUUCUCACAUUCUACAGGGUCACAGACAGGAAAUAUUGGCAGUGUCCUGGUCACCACGCUAUGACUAUGUCUUGGCAACAGCAAGUGCUGACAGUAGAGUAAAAUUAUGGGAUGUGAGGAGAGCAUCGGGAUGUUUGCUUACUCUUGAUCAGCAUAAUGGGAAAAAGUCACAAGCUGUUGAAUCAGCCAACACUGCUCACAAUGGGAAAGUUAAUGGCUUAUGUUUUACAAGUGAUGGGCUUCACCUCCUCACCAUUGGCACAGAUAACCGAAUGCGGCUCUGGAAUAGCUCCAGCGGGGACAACACCCUGGUGAACUAUGGGAAAGUGUGUAAUGACAGUAGGAAAGGACUGAAGUUCACUGUCUCCUAUGGCUGCAGCUCAGAAUUUGUCUUUGUUCCGUAUGGUAGCACCAUUGCUGUCUAUGCAGUUUACUCAGGAGAGCGGCUAACUAUGCUUAAAGGACAUUAUAAAAGUGUCGACUGCUGUGUGUUUCAGUCUGAUUUCCAGGAACUUUACAGUGGCAGCAGGGACUGCAAUAUUCUUGCUUGGGUACCAUCCUUAUAUGAGCCAGUUCCUGAUGGUGAUGAAGCAGUUGCAACCAAAUCCCAGCUGAAUCCAGCGUUUGAGGAUGCCUGGAGCAGCAGUGAUGAGGAAGGGUGACUGUCGGCUCUGCUGCUUUGCUCCUUGUCCAUCGGGCUUCUACAUCAGCAGUGUCUGUGUGGACUUUAGCUUAGGGCUCUUCUUUUGGCUACUGUUUUUGAGACAAGGUCUUACUAUGUAACCGUGACUAGCCUGGAGCUAUCCUAGAACUGUAUAGAGCAGACAAGGCUCAAACUUGCAGCCAUUCUCUUGCCUCUGCUUCCCAAGUGCUGGGAUUACAGGUGUGUACCCUACUGCCCCUCUUGUGUUUGUGUGUGUGUGUGUGUGUGGUGUGUGUGUUUCAUUGUUUUUGGUUAAUAUGUAUAAAACCCUAAAUUAGACUUCUGUAGUUUAGUCAAAGCUUCUCUCCUUGAGCCUGUUUGCUGUGGUGGCAGGCCAGUCCCUAAGGCACAGUACAGGAACAGAAGUCGUUGUUCUCAGCAGGGGCCUGAGGUGGGUCUGAGGAGAUGGGAGGUGUAAUCUGGGAGGAAUGUGUCGGGUCUGGUUCCCCUGGCUGUGCCGGCAGCCUGUCCUUUCCACCUUCAGAGAGGAUAUUACCAAUGAUGAUUAGAUAAACAGUGCUUAUUGCAAAGGUAACAUCACUCUAUGGUCCUUUUAUUCCUAUUAAAUGGCUUCAUGUAA